AUGUGCCCAAUUGAAACUUGUAUUAUGAAUGAUACUUUGCUACGUACCAACACACGGUCAUCAUUCUGUAUACAAAUUUAUAAACCCAUAAACUCUACAGUAUACAAUUUGAUAAGUUAUGAUUCAAAAGAUCUAGUCAUUCUGUAUUUUAUCUGCAGUAUCUCCAUCAAUUCUAAAGUAUCAGAGGACUACUGUCAUACAUUUAAAAUUAACUGCAUUUUGAAAUCCUGGUUUUGCUUCAAUAAAGAAUCUAACUACGAUAUUUUAAACAAGUGGGCAUCACUGAUUGGCAAAGGUAACAGCAUAAAGAAAGUGCUUGAUUUGGUGAAGAAUAGGAGCCAUAUAAUACAAAUUUUGUUUUGUUUUAUGCAAAUAAUGAGUGUACAAGGCUUACUUGAUCGCAUACCACUUCUCAUAUCUUACCCUACAAUAAUUCUUUCAAGCAAUCUUAUAAUACCAUCACAUCGCGAAGUUUUGCAACGGGGAUCCGUGGGUAUUGUCGACUAUGAGCAUACAUUUUUCAAUACAGACCAUUUUAUUAGGUUGGUUUUGCUGCCAAUAUUUACAGCAUCGACCUUUAUAUGCCUUGGAUCAUUGUUUCACGUUAUUGAAAGUCCCUUAGGAAGGUUGAAUCCUAAUCACUCACUAAAAUGGACCGAUAUUAUAAAAUCAUAUGGGCCCAUAUUUCUCAUAUUAUUUAUGUUAUCCCAACUAAAUUUUAUACAGGGUUCCAUCCAAUCUACAAUUCUAUCAUUAUUGGUCAUCCGAGAAUAUGGUAAAAUGAAUAUAUCUAAUAAAAAACUAAAUUUCUCCUGUGCGAUAGGAUCUGUCAAGAUAUUUAUACCUCUAUUUUUUAUUAGUCUAAUUAUUGCCUAUGACCCAGAAAGUUACUACUACUUAUUCUCCAACUUACUAUCUUAUAGCAUAGUGGUUUUCAUUGUUUUGGUGCUUGUACCUUAUACCAAGAGCACAGCUAUAAAUAAAGAAAAGUCUCAGGAACUAAAAUUAACAACAGAUUACAAAUAUCAGUUGUUUUUUUUGCCGUUGUUAAGUUUAGGUGCCCUCUUAAUGUCAUCUCAUAUUUAUGGGAUGUAUCAAGUACAGUUACUCAUGUUGCUAGUCUAUGUUGGGUGUCUAUCAAUUUUCUUUUUGACCGUGGCUGAUAUUAAAACAACUGAACUAGGAACUAAUGGUGAAUCAAAUUGUCCAUCCGAUUUUUAUUUAGCUAACAUAUCCUUAGAAUACACACUUUCCGCGUGUGGGUUCAUGGCAAUUUUAUUGCAGUAUCUUUCCUUUAAUAAAAUUGUUUCAAAUAUAAGAGGUGACAUUUUCACAUUGGUAUUUGUCUUGGCAGCUGAAUGUUGUAACAGUUUAUUGUCGGAGAAAGAACAAGAGAUUGUACAUAACCAUAGUCACAGUAGAGUAACAGUUAGUGAAAAGUCAAAUGUGAGUCUUUUGAAACAAAUUGCUUUAAAUGAGGACACGAGGUCCAUUUUCUCCUUCCUACUAUUGAAUACAACAUUUAUGUUUGUUCAAUUGCUAUACUCCUUUAGAUCCAAGUCUCUUGGUUUAUUGUCAGAUUCUCUCCAUAUGGCCUUGGAUUGUACAUCAUUGUUGUUGGGUUUGAUUGCAGGUGCGCUAUCUAAAAAUCCACCAAGUGACAAGUUUCCUUUUGCUUUAAAAUCAUUGGGCACCUUAGCUGGUUUUACCAACGGUAUACUAUUACUCGGAAUCGUAUGUGGUAUCUUCAUUGAGGCAUUGGGGAGAUUUUUCAAUCCUGUACAUUUACAUGGUACCAGUGAGCUUCUUGUUGUUGCAAUUUUAGGUUUGUUAGUAAAUCUAGUUGGGUUGUUUGCCUUUGACCAUGCAGGCCAUGGCCAUGCAGAAGGUGCGGGACAUGAGGAGAACAUGAAAGGUAUUUUCCUUCACAUAUUAGCAGAUACGUUGGGUUCCGCAGGUGUUAUAGUUUCUACAAUAUUGAUUAAGUUAACAGGCUGGACGGUUUUUGAUCCGCUGGCAUCGAUGUUUAUAGCAUCACUGAUCCUUGUCAGUUCAAUACCCUUACUUAAAUCGUCAAUGAACGGAAUAUUGUUUAAACUGGAUGAUAGGAACCAUAACGUUGUGAAAAAUGCACUAAACCAGAUUUCAAUGACACCGGGUAUAACAGGGUAUACAACACCAAGAUUCUGGCCCAGCCAGAGCUCCUCUGUAUCGAUGCAUGGCCACUCUCAUGGUCACUCCCACAGUCAUUCUUCAGAUCACACCCAUGAGCAUGAGCACAAAGAUGAGCAUGAGCAUGAGCAUCAACAUGAAGAUAAGCACGUUCAUGAAGUACACAAGGAGCAUGACGAAACGUCUGACACUAGCAAUGAAAAGCUUACUGGGUACAUACAUGUGCAGUAUAUUGAUGGAGAGAAUUCGACAAUUAUCAAAAAACGUGUUGAAAAGAUAUUCGAGAAUAAUGCCAUACGCGCAUGGAUUCAAGUCGAACCACAAAGCUCAGAGUGCUGGUGUAGAUCAGCACAAGUUCAGCAGCCUUUGCCCAUGUCAAAAUGA